AUGGAAAUUGCUAUCUUGAAGCAUCAACAACCCAACGCCACCUUACCACGGACAUCUGCACUACGGCGUCUAAACUCGAAACUUGGAACCGAUGGAUUUCUACGCGUCGGGAGUCGCGUGACACCUCGUGGUACCUCUCAAAGUACCACGGGGUUCCCUAUCAUUUUGAGGUCCUGCCCCAUCAUACGUCUCUUGGUGCUCGAUGCCCAUCAACGAUGCUUGCAUGGUGGCAUAUCAUUAACACUAGCAACCCUCCGAUGCAUGGUCUGGCUCAUCCAGGCGAGAAAGGUCGUGAAAUCUGUCGUGUAUAAUUGUCUCACCUGUGCUCGUAUACGCGCCGAGCUGCCGACACAGCUCAUGGGUUCUUUGCCACCGGCCCGAAUAACUCGCCCACAUCGUCCGUUCACAAUAUGUGGCGUAGAUUAUGCUGGUCCAAUCGCGGUUCGCAUGGCGGGCGGUCGCGGUAUUCGAUCUCAGCGUUCGUAUAUUGCAUUAUUUAUUUGCAUAGCGACUAAGGCCAACCAUUUAGAAGUGGUCACUACGUUGUCCACCGAUGCCUUUUUCGCCGCAUUCGUCAGGUUUUCCUCAUGCAGAGGUUUACCAAGCCAAGUGUACAGCGACAAUGGCACAAAUUUUCAAGGAGCUGAUAAAAAG